GUCUGCCGGGAGGGAGCAUGGCUGCCAGGGAGGCGGGCGGCGUGGUGCUGGGCAAGGCGGCCGAGAAGCUCUUCUCCCUCAGCGGGCUGUUCGCCGUGUACAAGCCCAAGGGGCCCACCUCUGCCGGCGUGCUCAACCUGCUGAAGGAGAGGCUGCUGGCAGAAGCUGGCGUGCGAACAAAUGGGAACAAAAGAAAUCAGGUUUUGAAAAUUGGACAUGGUGGAACUUUGGACAGUGCAGCUGAAGGAGUUCUGGUGAUUGGUAUUGGAAAAGGAACAAAAAUGCUGGGAUCUAUGUUGGCAGGUUCCAAGAAAUACACUGCCAUUGGACUCCUGGGCAAAGCUACUGAUACAUUAGAUGCUACAGGAAAAGUCACUGAAGAAAAACCUUAUGACCAGAUAACAAAAGGAGAUCUUGAAAAUGUGCUACAGAAGUUCACAGGGGACAUAAUGCAGGUUCCUCCACUCUAUUCUGCUUUGAAGAAGGAUGGAGAAAGGCUAUCAACUCUGAUGAAGAGAGGAGAAGCAGUCGAAGCAAAGCCUGCUCGGCCAGUAAGAGUGUACAGCCUCUCUCUCCAGCAGUUCCAGCCACCACUGUUCACACUGGAUGUUGAAUGUGGCGGUGGCUUUUAUGUCAGGAGCCUGGUCAGUGACAUUGGCAAAGAACUCUCUACCUGUGCCACUAUGCAAGAGCUGACCCGAACCAAACACGGGCCAUUUACGCUGGAAGAGCAUGCCCUUCAUGAAGACAAAUGGACAAUUGAUGAAAUUGCACAAUCCUUAGAGCAUUGCACAUCUCUCCUCCCAGGAGAGCCAUCUCAUAAAAAAUUGAAGACAGAGCAUCCUGGUGAAACUGCUGUGAGCUGUGAAGACAAGUGAUAAGUUAGGUCAAGGAAAAAGACUGAAUGAUUGAGACAUUUUAAGAUUGGAUUGGGAUUGUCUUGCCUCCUGUGUAUAUCUGCAAGUCUGUAUUGGGAGGGUGACAAACUGCAGUGCAAGAAAAAUGGUUCUUUUGUUUUCUGGGCUGAGAACAUGCACUGAAAAUAUCCAGCUCUUGCUGUUUCCUCAUCUGUUUAUUUUCCUUCUUGCACACUGUAAAUGGAUCUGCCACUGAUGUCAAAUGUUUGUAAAGUUUUAAAGAACUUGUAGGGUGAAAUAUACCUGUUGUUGCUACUUCCUCAAUAAAAUAUAAACAUUAAGGUUUGAUAAAUGUGCUCCCAAAAAAUUAUCUUUUUUUUUUCUCUAUAGCUGGUAAUCAAAUCCUGAAAUACCAUGGCGACAAGACUGUCAGAGCCUGAAGGUACAAGACUGUGGUGCGGCAAUUUGCUUUCUCGAAAUGCAUUUCAGGAUCUGUCCAUUUUACUGUAGUUUUUCGUAUGCAGAGUGUUCUUUCAGUCAAACGUUAUCCAGACUGCAUUAAAUGCUAGCAUUUUACAUUGCCUGCACUGUCAGUGUAAGUGAAGAGUUUCAAGAGUAAACAAUCCCUGAAGGUAACUGGUUGAUAACAGGUGCUCUGAAGAGCGUGGUCAUCGUUACAGGUGUACAAAUCUUACUCUGCUACAACAUCCCAGUUGGUGACCAUCCAUAAUUUAAAGUAUAGUUAACUGGUAUGCUGUUCAUAGGGCUUACGGAAUUAACUUUUGCCAUCUGUGAGUUGCUUGAGCUGUCUGCUGUGGAUUGGGUAGAAGGUUGAUGUGCUUCCGGACUUUGACUGUUAUUGUACAGUACAACCUGUACUCGUUGUACAGGCAAGAAGGAUGCACCAUCGAGGAUCCUUGCUGAAGCUGUUUUAAUUCACUGGGGCAGUGAGGGCCUGUUCCACAAUGGAAUUUGAUUGAACUGGUUAUUUCUCACCACUGCUUCCCUUGGGAUUUUCAAAAUGACUAAAACACAGUGGUUUGAGAAUGCUAAAAAAGCACCCUAGUUUGUUUCCAUGUGUGUAGUGGACAAUCCUAGAAGGAUUUCACUAUGUAUUCCCAUACAAGUUAGUAGCUGGUCUGUUUUCCUCUUGUCAUAAUGAGGAACACAAGGAAUAGUUUAACCAUGUGAGUGAUAUUUGAGAGGCAGUCCUGCUUUUGAAAUGGUCUCUGAAGCAUCACAGGAGAGCAGUGGACUGGCUGCUGUUACAGUUCUGUGCUGCUGCAGGCCAAGUGUCCUGCUGUGGCUUUGAACAACUCCUACACCUUAGGGUUUGGUUUUGGAGUACAGGGGCUUGACUCUGAGUAACUGAAUGCUGUAAAGCUGAGAGCUGGUGCUUAGAUUAGGGCCUAUCUUUUAGAGAGAGACAUGAACAUUUGAUUUAAUGGCUCUAUCCUAAUGGACUUGCUAAUUUCUAUGGUAAGGUAUCUUGAUAGCUAAUUACCUCUGUUGCUUAAAAGAAGGUGUGUUUUAUUCCCAACUUGACUUGAAUCUCCACAUGCUGCAUUUUAUGUCUGUGUCUGCACCUUACAAAAAGGUAUUGUGUGAAAUGAUCAAGUUCCAACCUUACUUUAAAUCUAAGAAAUGAAAUAAAGAUCCUGAAGUUUCUCAUUGCAGGAUACCUUUCCAGACAUCUAUAGGGGCUUUUAUGUUUUUCAUACAAUAAGAAACUGAAGUCUCUGCAAGAUUAAUGAAGCUUUUGUUUAGAGGAAGGGUAGAGUUUAUGCUUCAUUGUUCAGUAAACAGGCAUUUUUCUUCUUUUGUGUAUUACUAUAAAGAAUUUACGGGAAAUGUUGAAAAUAUCACGAGCAAAUUGAAAUGUUAGAGCGCAGCAGCAGCAGUAUAUUUAAUGUAUAAUAUAGAUGAAGUAACCAUUGUAAGGAAUUUUGCUAGAGAUGGGAGAAAAGCAUUGUGUUCUGUAAGAGAACAGUGGGAGAUUUCAGCUGUUUCUUUUCAGGGUGGGUUUUUUGUCCUUUGGAUAGAAACAGAGAAGAAAGAGAUUAUUUCCUAAGGAAAUCAAAUAAAGCGGAAAAUUUCAUUUUCCAGUAUACUUA